AUGCGCAGCAAUACUCUCCUUCCUUCACUGGCGGUUCUGGGGGCUGGUGCCUUCGCUGGGCCUACUAAGGGCCGCGAUAUUACGAUUAAAUCUUUCCAGCUCUAUCCGGAAAAUGCCGACUACUACGCCAAGCUUGAUCGCGUCUACAUCAGUGUGCUAUAUAACUCCUCGGUCGCAGUAUGGGAUCCAACAAACAAUGUUAUGGAGGAACCUAUUACAUUUGAUGAAACAAUGAAUAAGGACUAUCAUGCAAGCGGUAUAGAAGUCGAGGCCGAGACCGGGCUCUUGUCAGCUAUUAUAAACCCUGGUGCUGCGUUUGACACAUCGGGCGCGGAUAUUUCCGGCGAUAGCUUCCUUUACAAGAUCGAUAUGAAAACAAAGAAAGUGGUGUGGCGCAGUAACGUUAGCACUCCGACCAAGGGAGCCUACGGCGGCUGCCAGGAAGCCAUACAUGACCGCCACCACAACACUUUUGUUCUUUGCACUUAUCCAGGUGCGAUUAUUAAAGUUAGCGCCGACGGAAAGACAGCUACCCCUUGGUACCUGAGCAAUUAUAUGAAGCCUGGUGAGACCCCCCAAAGGCCAGGCCUUACUGGCGGUGUAUCCAAGGACGAUUUCCUGCUCGCAGUUGACGAUGAGUCACACAAGCUGCUGCGCUUCGAUAUGACAGCGGAAAAGGGUGAACCUGUUGUAGUGAAGAUUGGAAACGACGAGGAUGUGGGUCUGGGACUCGACGGCGCCUAUCUGCCUCCCAAGUAUGAUGGUCAAGUUCUCCUGGUUACUUCUGAGUCUAAGGAAAUUAAUGUCAUCAUAUCCAACGACAAUUGGAAAACCGCCGAGAAAGCUGGAGUUAUUAAGAACACUUACUGGGACAACCCAGAGAAUAACCGGGGAUUCUCAGUAUCGACUAUCCAGAUCCCCGUGGGCCAUGAGGAACGUAUCUACUCCAUCAACGAGUACUUUUUGGAUGCCCAGGACGCCAGCAAACCUACAGUCCCAGACACCCUCGCCAAGGACCGAUCUGAAUUUCCUCUCCAGGAUAUUACCAAAGCUGUUGACGACAUUGUUUGGUCCUAG